AUGCCGAGCUCCAAAUUGGGAUCUACUGGGCACGAUCCACCCAAUUCUGGACCAGAUGAUGGUGAAGCUGGACCGUCGAUUUCAAACAAUGCUGCCAUGGCAUCUGAGCUUGCGAAACACAACGCAGAAGCAAAGCGCUUGCAAGCCAAGAUUGAGUUACACUCGUCGGCAAUUCAGGAGGCCCAUCGCAAGAUGCUUUCCAGCCAGUCGCUCAGCAAGGCUUAUCAGAACCUUGAAAAGAAUAAGAAGAAGCAGAAAGCUGCCAAAUCUUGCUCUAGUCACCAGAGAAGGCCCCACCAGCCAAUGAGUGGAGACGUCCGUAACCUUGUGGAACGCUCAAUCUUUGAUCAAAACAAGAAACAAACUGAGGUCACCAAAGACUUUCAAAUUUCUGACUGGCAAGUUCGUCAAAUAGUCAGCAAUGCACAAGAGGGGAAACCCGACGCUUCACUGAAUCGCCGUGGGCCUAAGUCCAAGAUCACCAGUGAUAUCUUGGUUUCCAUUCUUCUUCACCUGGAAGAAGACCCAAAAUCGACUCUUUCCGACCUCGCGAAAUUAGUGAAGGAUGAAUUUGAUGUACAAAUAUCCACUCCUGCGAUUCACAAAACACUUAAGUAG